AUGGCUUCUUCGUCGUCAAACGUUGUUGGCGUCCACUAUCGUGUAGGAAAGAAGAUAGGAGAGGGCUCGUUUGGCGUCAUUUUCGAGGGGACCAAUUUGCUAAACAACCAACAAGUGGCCAUCAAAUUUGAACCUCGCAAAAGCGACGCUCCGCAACUUCGAGAUGAAUAUCGGACGUACAAGAUCCUGGUCGGAUGCCCUGGCAUCCCCAAUGUCUAUUAUUUCGGCCAGGAAGGUCUUCACAACAUUUUGGUAAUCGACUUGCUAGGUCCUUCUCUUGAGGACCUCUUCGACCACUGCGGACGCCGCUUCACCAUCAAGACUGUCGUCAUGGUUGCCAAGCAGAUGCUGUCCAGAGUCCAAACAAUUCAUGAGAAGAAUCUCAUUUAUCGCGACAUCAAGCCCGACAACUUUUUGAUUGGACGUCCCAACUACAAAACAGCCAAUGUUAUUCACGUGGUCGAUUUCGGCAUGGCCAAGCAAUACCGUGAUCCAAAGACGAAGCAGCAUAUACCUUAUAGAGAGCGGAAGUCGUUAUCGGGGACUGCCCGGUACAUGAGCAUCAACACGCACCUGGGCCGCGAACAGUCUCGACGUGAUGACCUCGAGGCUCUAGGCCACGUGUUCAUGUAUUUUCUCCGGGGCGGUCUCCCCUGGCAGGGACUCAAGGCCGCUACGAACAAGCAAAAGUACGAGAAGAUUGGGGAGAAGAAGCAGACGACGGCCAUCAAGGACCUUUGCGAGGGCUUCCCCGAAGAGUUCUCCAAGUACCUGACGUAUGUCCGAAACCUCGGGUUCGAGGAUACGCCCGACUACGAUUACCUGCGAGAGCUCUUCACGCAGGCGCUGAAGAACACGGGCGAGGUGGAGGACGGCGAGUAUGACUGGAUGAAGACGAGCAAGGAUUCGGGAAAGGGAUGGGACGCGAUGAAGAGCCACGGGGCUGGAUAUCUCCACAACCCAAAUGUGCGUCCCGGGCCGUCUCAAAUGGAACUGCACAGUGGCCAUCGUCCUGGGAAUACUACCAACUCUCAUCAGCAGCAAGCGCAGAACCUUACUGUCGGCCGUUUAAACGCCGCACAACCCCCCCCUCCCUCACCGAUCAAGCAGAUGGGCAGCAAGAGAGAUCGGCCAAGCGGCCCAGGCGCCAUACCGGCGCAGCGGGCCAGCGGAGUGGGGGGUAUCCGAGGCGACCUGGGCACGUCUGCGGGCUCGACUCAAGCCCAGUUCCAGAACAGCACGCAGAACCUGCCGCCGCCGAGGGGGCAGCAGCAGCAGCAGCAGCAGCAGCAGCAGCAGCAGCAGAGCCCCAUGGUGGCCGCGGGCCAGCCUAGUGCGAGACCUGCGGAGCCCCAACCCAGCGGCUUCCAGAAAUUCAUGAAGACAAUCUGCUGCGGCUAG